CUCGGUACUAGCUACAGGUAGACAUAGUAUUCAGCCCUGUGCGCUACCCGGUUUAUGACAUGUCAUAUGUAAAUGUUAAAACCGUAGACGGACAGAAUAAUCGAUUUUUUUACUGAAUUGUACAAUACUCUCAUUGCUCCUUAAUAAUUCAAAGGGUGUUGAUGGACCGUCAAGCUUUCAUCUCUCCGGGAUUUGUCCUGUAAUUUCACGCUUUUUUAUGGCGAGACCAAGGAUUUAAUUUACUCUACAAAUCCGUCAAUUUACAACUCUUAGGCUGUGCAGCUAUUUCAGCUGAGGACAUUUUUUUGAACAGCAGGACAUGCAAGGCGGAGAUUACACGUGGUAACAAUAAGAAAUUGAUUUUGCCAACUGAUAUGUAUAUAAAAGUCUGUGGAAUCCGCGGUUUCGGAAUUCCGACUUAACUAACAGCAACAGAAAACGAAGCAUUCCGAUGUGAUAUACAGUGUUUCUUAUAUAUACAAUCGAUUGCACAGAACAGCGGGUGGUGACAGACGCCAGUAUAGAUGGAGUUUAGAUUCACGAUAAUUAUAAUGAUACAAACACCUGAUUGGGUGCAGUGAGUAAAACAAAUAAAGACUACCUACAAACAAGAGCUAUCGAUCUCAGUGGAACGUCGGCGUUGACAGUGUCGCCAGUGGUCCAGAAACUGCCGACUGCACUAGCGAGAAAUACACGUCGGAGAGGAAGGAUUCCACGUCGGAGAGGAAGGAUUCCACGUCGGAGGGACAGGAAUUGUCAUCAGAAGGGACGGAUUCACAGAUGGAAGAAUAGGAUCUAUUUUACAACUUUUAACGUCACAGACUCCGAGGGUUCAUGCUGACGCUGAUGCAUAUAGCUUCUGCAAUGAACGGCUCGGGUACAGAACAAGACCCUGCUGAGGAGAAGGUCUACAACCAGUGCAAAGACGAGCAGGAAAGCCCCGAAGGGACACCAGAAAAACUCGAAAAGCAGGAAAUUUCUGAAGAACAUCAUCUUCCAGAAACUCCGAAAGAGGAUAACGACGGAAGUGAUGUUGAUGGAGGUCGAACUGACGUUGUAGCCGAGGUUAGCACUGACAGUCUUGUUUCUGGUGAUUUGAACGGAAGUAGACCUUCGGAAGCUACGAGCGAACCAGAAGAGGACAAUGUCCACAAUUUUGACACUGGUGCUAUAAUAAAGGGCGAGGAAGAAGGAACAGAAGCGGAAGUCGUUUGUAAGGAUCCAGAAGAAUCUAAACCAGCAGAACAGACCAGAGGAGAAGGCUUUAUUGACGAAACCAAUGAAGCAGAACUCUUCGUGGGAAUUGAAGAAGUAGAAAUUGUCCAGGAAUUUGUUGUCCCGAAAAAAGUCAAAGUUCCCUUGACACCAGUCACUAGAAGUUAUUCAAUAACAGAAGACGGACAUUUUGGAUUGGUAUCCAUCGACGGUGAGUCGGUAUUACCGAAACCAAAGCCAGACGAUAAGCCCACCGACACUGUGCCAAUUGAAGGAACUUCAGUGGACCAGAUUGAUUUCCUGGAAACAGAACCGGAAGUUAAUCCUGAAGGUGAAGACACAUUCUUUUUAACAGAAAGUGUCAACGAAGGAAGUAGUGUUGACAUUGCUAAUCCGGAAGCGAACAACUCUAACCCGGAAGCGAACAAUUCUACGUUUGAUAAAGAAGAGGACGAGGUGAAAAAUGCCACAUUUGAUAAGGAGAGUAAUACGACAUUCGAUAAAACGGAUGUAACUGAAAAUAUACCUGAUAUAGAAUUGUCUUUUUCAACAGAGGGGGGAAUUGAUACCCGGGACCUCUCGGAUUUUCACCAAGGAGUUAAUGAAAAGAUUUCGGAAGCCGUUGCCAAUAAGUUAGAAACAUCAGUGGAAUCCGAUACCAAAUCUCCAGAAAAAGAGUUUUCAGAAAUAAAUGGAGAUACUGAAAGUGUGAUAUUCGAAAAGUCGAAAAAUAUGCCAGAAAAAACGGAACAGGAAGAGCCUUUGGCACCGGCUCUUCAGAGCGCCACCUGCCGGUACCGAUGGGACAAAAAUCUACAAACCACAACCCUCAAUAUAAUGUUCUUCUCCUCUCUGAAAAUGGAGGAGCCUGUGAAGCUGUCAUGGACGGAGGGUUCCGAGUGUUACUAUUCGGAAGAGUACGAGAUUCCAUGUGGGGUAUACAAGGGGAAUCUCGUGGUGGACGGGCGGACCUACCCCGUCGAGGACAUAACAGUUAAACACUACACAUUCGAGGUGGAUAUCUACGUCAAGGAUGGUGUAAAACCAGUUGAAAUGAUACACACAUCUAUUCUCAUGAGUAGGGAGUGUCUCCCAGAUGUGAUUGAUGAUGAGGGGGAGACAGAUCGACCUGUGUCCUCGCCAUUUAAAUCUGAUGCUGUAGAUGGGUAUCGGGACAGAAAUACAGAUCACUCCCAAUAUAGGGGGUCAGACUCCAACGGUAGAUUAGACCCAGUCAUCCAUAUCUCCAACAAGUACGAGGAACUCAUCCGUCAGCAACUCACAAUGACACAGUCCAUCAAUAAUCUUGACAUGGAAGCCAAGAUGGCUGCAAAACCAGAGCCUCAGGAUGACAAUGACUUUACUACCACUGGGCGGCAAAGCCCACUAGGAGACAAUGCAGCUGAAUCAUUCCAAGAUGGUGGAGCUAAUUUAUAUAAUAAUGAUCAGCUGAAUUCUGUGAAAGGAAGUUUGGAUGCCUCUGUGAUAGAGGAUGAGGUGGAGCGCUCCAGCAUACCACCAUCUCACCACUCAUCUUUUGAAAAUAAGUCUGCAGGAAGUCCCUCACGACAGACACCAUCAAAUGUUUAUGGCGGUGAAGAUCGUAGGUCACCCUUAAAGUCAGAUGAACCUGCCCUUAAUGGAUCAGGUAAACAUACACCAAUUGAUGAUGUAAUCAACAACUUCUUUACUGAACAGAGGUCUGGGUCUGUACACUCUCACUCUGACUUGACAAGACAUACACCUCAGGAAGAAGUAGCUAUAAAGGAUGUGCUGACCAGACAACUGACGCCUACACGCUCCCCUGUCAACUCCUAUUAUGGGUCGGACAAGCAGAGUCCAACCUUUGUUGGUGAUGUAUUGGGGCAGUCUACACCCAUAGCAAUGUUGGACAAUCCUGGGUCCCAGUCAGGCUCAGCCAGACAGACACCUGUAAAAUCCACUCAUUCGUCAGCAAGACAGACACCUCAACCAGGUGAGGAUGUGAUCAGAAAAACUAGUCAGGAUGUCCUCAAUGGCUCACCAACUCCUGGCAGUUAUCAUGGAUCUGUUCCUGGAAAUUACCAUGGUUCCGCUACAGGAAGUCCUGCACCUGCCAGUUACCAUGGUUCUGCUGCAGAAAGUCCGGCACCUGCCAGUUACCAUGGCUCUGCAAUAGGAAGUCCUAAACCUGGCAGUUACCAUGGUUCUGCUACAGGAAGUCCAGCACUUGCUAGUUUCCAUGGUUCUGCAACAGGAAGUCCAGCACUUGCUAGUUUCCAUGGUUCUGCUACGGGAAGUCCAACACCUGCUACUUUCCAUGGUUCUGCUACAGGAAGUCCAGCACCUGCUAGUUUCCAUGGUUCUGCUACAGGAAGUCCAGCACUUGCUAGUUUCCAUGGUUCUGCAACAGGAAGUCCAGCACCUGCUAGUUUCCAUGGUUCUGCUGGCGAGAGUCCUGUCCCUGGGAGCUACCAUGGCCCUGGGAGCUAUCAGGGUUCUCUUAAAGGAAGUCAAGAGCAGGGUAGUAUCCAUGGCUCUGCCGCUGGAAGUCCACGAAGUUACCAUGGAAGCCAAGGCUCUGGAAGUCGUCCUCAAAGUCUUACCAGUGAGCAGGAGCUUUCACAGUAUUUCUCUGACAGAAGUGACUCUAGGCGAACUCCCACUGCCCAGCAGCAACAGAUACCUGCCACCUCCCCAAUAACUUCAGGUGUCAGGCCAGGGUCAGAUAGGGGUGAAAGGUCAGCAAGUGCAGCUAGCCUACCUGUGAUGAACACACAGCAGAGGUUGCAAGCAGAGAAACGCAGCAUGACCCCAGACAACCACAUUCGAGUACCUGGCUCCCCAGGGGCCCGAAUGUCACCCCUGGCUACGGGAUCAGCCCUAAGGUCAGGAGCCUCUUCAAGGUCAAGUACUCGCACUAUCACACCAACCUCUGCUGCGAACAGUUACCAUGUCAAUGGGGAACAGGAAGACAUCCAUGGCCGGAGGAUUCAGGAGCUGGAGGACACUGUCCGAAACUUGCGAAAGUUGUUGGGCAGUCGUGAGAUGGAGGUCAAAGAAGUGACAAUCCAAGCAAGUGACCUCAAGGAGAUGAACAACUCGCUCAAGGAGGAGUUGGAGCUGGCAAGGAAUCGGGCGGCUCCAGGUAGCCGUGGAAACCUUGCUGAGUGGGAGAGGAAGUAUAACCAUCUCAUGGAUGAGAAAGAGAUCCUGGCUGGAGAAGUGGUCAAACUGCGGGACCGUCUUGAGGAGAUGGGUCAGACUGAGAACGGCGAUGGUGAUGGUAUGGGACUAAGUAACUACAGUCCCAACAAUCCCUAUGCCCUCCAGAGGAAAAUUGAGGAGCUACAGAGCCAUGUACAGGACCUUCAGGAGGCCAACGAGUCUGCCGUCGCCGAGCUCUCUAGUGUCGAGAAAAAGUGUAAGGACCUAGAGGCCGAAAAUGAAAAGUUUGCUGCACUCAAGGACACAAAUCUAGUAGAUUUGCAAGCAGAGAAUCGCAGACUACAUGACAAGAUUUCUACAUUAUGGGAACAAGGGUAUGGUGAUGGGGACCGCCGACUCAGGGUCGAAGUUCAACAGUUUAAAGAUGACAACCGUGCCCUCAAAGAACGUAACUAUAAACUUCAUGAAGAAAAUCUUGCAUUCAGGGAAGAGGUCACUCAAAUUCGAAAGGUACUAGAAGGGGUGAGCCCAAAACAAGAUGAGUCAAAAUCACGUUACAUUGAUGACAGGCUCAGCCAAUCAGAACACAAAUUAAGGUAUGCUGAUGAUCGACUUGGCCAACCAGAAAUCACCAAAUUACGUUAUUCUGAAGAUAGGUUGACCCAAUCAGAACGGCUUCCUCUACCCAAGGAGAAGUUGCUGAGUCGAGAAGAUCUGGACUUGACCUACAGGAAGGUAAUGGAGGAGGAUAGACAUAGGGGUAGCUACGAAAAGGAAGACCGGUUUAGGAGAAGUUUAGAAAAAAGUGAGGGUUUGAAGAGUAGUCUGAAAAAGGAUGACAGAUUUUAUAGAUUGGAGAAAGAAGAACGAUACAAAAGUGGUGUGGAUAAAGAAGAUAAAUAUAGAUCGUUGUCAGAGAGAGAGCCAUAUAAGCUGAACAGUACGGAGGGCAAAUCUAACGGACAUUACAAGAGUACCAGUCACCAAGAGGAUUCUAAAUAUAGGUACGAUCCUCCUUUGGACAAACUUACACAGUAUGAGCUAUCUAGGUCAAGGUCAGAUAAAUAUGACCCGGACUUUACAGAAAGGUCAAGAUCAGAAGGUUACAGGUCAAGGCCAGAUGGUGGCAGCACCUCUGGUGAGAAAGACAGUUCAGGUUUGACACAAUAUGACAAGCAAACAGCACCUGACAAACAAAGUUAUAGUAACAGGGACAAGUCUGACCAACGAGACAGGAGUCUGAAAGACAGUUAUUCUGUGGAAGGUCAGAAGUACUCUACGGGCACGGAAUACCGAGCACUGACAACGUCUUACUCCGAACUACUCAAGCUGACACAGCAAAGCUCCUUAGGAGACAAACGGGAAUGGUCACGAUCUGAGGCCGAUCUUCAUGCUGCCCAUGCUAGGGGGCGCUCCGAAGCAGAUCUUCAUGUGCACUCUAGAGGGCGCUCCAGAGAUGCCCCAGAGCGGCGCUACUCUGGGUCGGUCCCGCAGGGCCGAGCUGCAUCACCACCACCAUCGAGUCACCAUCACCAUGUUUCACGACCUCGUAGCGCACAAUUGCCACGUCCAGUGUAUGGGUGGGAUGAUGAACUCCACAGACGAACAAAUUCCGAGCGUAGCGACUCGACCGCUGUGCUGACUGCUGGGUUCCCAAGGUCUGAUGUAGGACCACCCCCUCAGUACCGAUCUAAAGACAGCUACGACCGGAGGGAGACAGAUAGAGAUUACACUGUGUUGAGGAAGAAAACCUACGCUGAUGACAAAGCUGACGAGAGUGACACAGGAACAGAUAUCCUCGUAAACGCUCAGCCAUUUGACAAACAGAUGGCACCACCAUCACCACAAAGAUCUGAACUACACCGGCGCCACAACUCCUCUACUCACCGUAGACAUCGUCGGAGACACGACUCACUAGGCUCGGAAGGAUCCGACUCCUCUGCCAACGACAUUGAUGAACAGAUCACGAGUCUGAGGCGGAGGUCAAAAUCUGCAGAUGGACGAGAGCUACGGAAAAGGUCUGCACCCCCAGGAAGUCUGGGGCGGUCCCAUCCUUCAGCCCCGACUAAGAGUGGUGACAGGCCAACCUUCAGCAAGACAUGUCCUCUGACUGGGUCAGCAGGGUUCAGGUCAAUCACACCAGGGGUAAUACCUACCCAACACAAUAAGAACAUGCUGUCAGCAUCCUCCAGAGAGUCAGUACCGUUUAUGCAUCAAACCUACUACAGAAGUGGCCUUUCUGCUCCAAGCACAGACAAUCUUCUGUACGAUGAAGCUUAUAUAGAACUUCUCAAGAGCGCAUUUGGUUGUGACCAUGACAAAAUGGCUGCACCUGGUUCCCUGGUGACAUUAACGACAGGGUUACGCCCCUUUUCUCCACGCACCCCUGGUGAUAUCCACUUGGAAGAUGUUGUGAAGUUCUCCCGACAGGGAGGUAAACUUAGUCAAGGGACAGUCAAGUUUGUGGGUCACCUGCCUGGACGUAAUGAUGUUUACCUUGGAGUGGAACUAGACAAGGAAGAGGGAAAGCAUGAUGGCACCUUUGAGAGUGCUCGUUACUUUAAGUGCAAACCCAACAAAGGAGUGUUUGUAGCCUUCAACAAAGUGGUCAUGGCCUGGGCACCCUAGUGGUCAGUGGGCACCCUAGUGGUCAGUGGGCACUCAAGUCUGUAGUGGUCAGUGGGCACUCAAGUCUGUAGUGGUCAGUGGGCACUAAAGUCUGUAGUGGUCAGUGGGCACGCAAGUCUGUAGGGGUCAGUGGGCACUCAAGUCUGGAGUGGUCAGUGGGCACUCAAGUCUGGAGUGGGCAGUGGGCACUCAAGGCUG